GCCCGGCGGCUGCUGCCCCUCCUGCCGUCCCCCGCUGCCGGCCGGGAUCCCUCACGGGUGGAGGGAGGGAGGGAAGAAAGGAGGGAGGGAGAGACUGGGCCGCCUGCUCUGCCCCCUCCCCGCUCCCGCAGGGACCCCCUCGGGCAGGAGCAUCUCCCGUUCCCUCCCUGCCGAACAGGUGCAGGCGGCCCCCGCCUCUGCUUGGCCGCCGGGCCCCGCCACCUGCCCUCAGGGCGGAGGGGACCCUGCCGGGUGCCAACCCCGACCGGGCUGCCCAGAAGGGCGGUGGCUGGAACGGCGGAAGGGAAAUUAAUCCGUUUCAGUGGUGGUGUUGUCGAUGACAAGGACAAGCGCCCUUGUAAGUGGCACUUGGUGCUCGAUGGAGGCCCGGUGACCACUGGCUUCUGUGUGCAAGUGAGCUGCGCAAACCAUGCAGGAUGAUUUACUGAUGGACAAAAGCAAAGCCCAGCCCCAGCAGCAGCGGCAGCAGCAGCAGCAGCAAGAUCCAAACUCAGCAGAAGCCCCCUCUACACCCAUCUCGUCGGAGACACCCAAACCAGAAGACAGCAGUUCAGUGACUAGUAUCGGCACAUCAGCUCCUUCCCAAAAUAGCAAGGAGAAGAUGCAGAUGGAGUCUCCCAUUUUGCCUGGCUUGAGCUUUCACCAGCCUCAACAAGAACCUGCAGCCGGCACCUCCUUGUCUCCCUCGUUUGGCAGCACCUGGUCUACAGGGACCACAAACACGGUGGAUGAUAGCUUUUUCCAAGGGAUUACUCCAGUCAAUGGGACAAUGCUUUUCCAGAAUUUUCCACACCAUGUCAACCCUGUAUUUGGUGGCACUUUCUCACCUCAGAUUGGCCUAGCUCAGACUCAACACCACCAACAUCAGCAGCAGCAGCAGCAAGCUCAGCAGCAGCAGCAGCAGCGGAGGUCACCUGUGAGUCCUAAUCAGGCACCUUUCGCCCAGAGAAAUGCUGCUUACAGCCAUCAGCCCAUCAUGACCAGCAAACCGUCUUCCUCCUCUGCCUCUUCUUCUUCCUCCUCCAGCUGGAAUAACCAUCAAAACGCGGCUUGGAGUACACCUUCCAACCCUUGGGGUGGGCUGCAGGCUGGUAGGGACCCUCGAAGGGCAGUUGGAGUGGGGGUUGGCGUGGGAGUGGGAGUUGGUGUGCCCUCCCCCCUCAAUCCCAUUUCACCCCUUAAAAAACCCUUCUCCAGCAAUGUCAUUGCCCCUCCGAAGUUCCCACGGGCUGCACCCUUAACCCCCAAAUCCUGGAUGGAAGACAACGCGUUCAGGACGGACAAUGGCAACAAUCUGUUGCCUUUUCAGGACCGGAAUAGGCCCUAUGACACUUUUAACUUGCACUCUUUGGAAAAUUCCUUAAUGGAUAUGAUAAGGACUGAUCAUGAGCCUCUGAAAGGUAAACACUACCCUCCCAGUGGCCCACCAAUGAGUUUCGCUGAUAUAAUGUGGAGGAAUCAUUUUACAGGGCGUAUGGGAAUAAACUUCCAUCAUCCAGGAACAGACAAUAUUAUGGCUCUUAACACCAGGAGCUAUGGGCGGAGAAGAGGUCGGUCUUCACUGUUUCCUUUUGAGGAUGGCUUCCUAGAUGACAGCCAUGGUGAUCAGUCGCUGUCCUCGGGUCUCAGCUCUCCGACACGCUGUCAAAAUGGGGAAAGAGUGGAACGCUAUUCUAGAAAGGUGUUUGUUGGAGGUCUUCCUCCUGACAUUGAUGAAGAUGAGAUCACUGCCAGCUUUCGUAGGUUUGGACCUCUUGUGGUGGACUGGCCUCACAAAGCUGAAAGCAAGUCAUAUUUUCCACCUAAAGGUUACGCCUUUCUGCUGUUCCAGGAAGAAAGUUCUGUACAAGCUCUGAUAGAUGCCUGUCUGGAAGAAGAUGGCAAACUUUACCUAUGUGUGUCAAGUCCCACAAUCAAGGAUAAACCGGUGCAAAUUCGACCUUGGAACCUAAGUGACAGUGACUUUGUGAUGGAUGGGUCUCAGCCUUUGGAUCCAAGAAAAACAAUCUUUGUGGGAGGAGUUCCACGGCCUCUCCGAGCUGUUGAAUUGGCAAUGAUUAUGGACCGUUUAUAUGGAGGUGUCUGCUAUGCUGGCAUUGAUACAGACCCAGAGCUGAAGUACCCAAAAGGUGCUGGCAGAGUGGCUUUCUCCAAUCAGCAAAGCUAUAUUGCUGCUAUCAGUGCUCGCUUUGUCCAGCUCCAACACAAUGACAUUGAUAAACGGGUGGAAGUGAAGCCAUAUGUGCUGGAUGAUCAGAUGUGUGACGAAUGCCAGGGCACUCGCUGUGGUGGAAAAUUUGCUCCAUUCUUUUGUGCCAAUGUUACCUGUUUGCAGUAUUACUGUGAAUACUGCUGGGCCAGCAUACACUCCCGUGCUGGGCGGGAGUUCCACAAACCACUGGUAAAGGAGGGAGGUGACCGGCCCCGCCACGUCCCGUUCCGCUGGAGCUGAACCCCGGCCGCACCCAGCAAGAAGUACUGGAGUAAAUAAAAUUGAGUGAAAAGAGAGCGCUGCCUCAGGGCUUAGUGUUCUGGAAAUCUGUGCAUUCGUCCUCGACUUUAAUGAAGAUAUGGGUCUUUUUAUUACUAUUAUUAUUAUUUACAGUCACAUUACUGAACUCAGUGUCCAGUAUAAUACGAACCGGCAGAGUGUAACUGUACUGAUUUUGCACUUUGAUUCACACAAACAUCUGCUUGGUACCUUAAUUUCCUACACAAGACUUGUCACUAGUGACAUUAUGUAGACUGCCAUUCUCAUCAGUCUUCACUGGGCUGAUGCGUAUGUGAUGAAGAUUUUUUUUAUUGUAAUUAUAAUUAUUUUUAUUUUUAAACUGGAGCAUGCACUUAUUUUCAGAAAUUUAGACUUGCCCCUAGCAGAUGACUUACCAAAGGUAAUAUUCACGAGUAGGUGGCAGAUGUAGCAAAAACUUAAACAGAUAUUCAGCAAUCAUUAGUUUGGGUCAUUUAGAAUAGUAAUAACCCUUAAAGAAAAUAAGCCUUUAGUUGCUCUCGAUUUUGACUUGUAAGGAUGAUACCUCAUAAGCUGGAUCAGACUUUUUUCUUUUAUUUUGCCGAGGGUUUUUUUUGUUUGUUUGUUCUGUUUUGUUGGGUUUUUUUGUUUUGUUCUGUUAGGUCUUUUAGUGUUAUGUAAAUGUAUGCUGCAAUAGCUUUUGCUGCUAUUAAAAUGGUAUUACUAAUACCAUAAUACUCUAUUCAGGCUAGGGUAUCAAUUAAAAAUGAAUAUGUGAUUAAAAUAGUGAUGGCUGCUGAAAGGAGAUCAGUAUAGCAUACAGAAAAGCUUCCAAGGAAGGUCAAUAUUUUUUGACUGCAUGUUUACUUAAUCAGGUUGCUGCAUGCAAUAAAUUUUAUAUAUGUCUAAUAUAAAACCUGCCCACAAUGCACAAAUUAUGAAUCUACGUAGGCUACAAAAUGCUCAGUAACAAAAAAAAUUGAUUACUGACUGGAGGAAGGCAUGCCUCAGUAAAUGUAAUGCUUCUGAAAUUAGGAUCAGCCCAUUACAGAAUGAUCUAUAUUACAACAAAUAUAAAAACUAGCUGUAGGAUAUUCUUAAAAAAAAUUUGUGGAUGGUAGAUGAAGUACUUUGCGGUGCUCUGUUAUAUAUCGUGCAAUUUAUUUUAUAUAGUAAAGUGAUUAUGUCUAGUACUGUGAUCAAACUUAACUGUUAAAGCCUCUGUAUCUGACAUUAACACAUUUUUGACAGUUCGUAACAGGUACAUAAACAGAAAUGAGCUCUUAGUUACAAUCUCUUUCCUAAUGCUUGCAUCAUUUACGUAGCUGCAGACCUUGUCCAGAAAACCAAAGAGCUCAUGCUGGCGUACAUACACUACCGAUUAGAUAGUCUGUCAAACUACUAACCUAGGCACAUUUAAGAAAGUUAGGAAACAAAGUGGUGCUAAAGAAAUGUCUGCAUAUUAAAGUAACAUGAGAUGUCUGCUCUGUGGAUGUGGCGUUAUCUCUCUAAUCCCUGGAUGUAUCCUGUGAAGCUUGAAUACAAUUAAGACCUGCUAACACAGUGGACAUUUUUUUAGCAUGAACUAUGGGGCUGCAGAUAGCAUAUAAAUAUAAAUACACUUGGUAUACUAAUGAUUGUGAGAAUGUGUACACUAUUUUUUUUUUUCUUUUUCCUCCUUUGUUUUUGCAGUUCUGGGGACAAUCUGACUGGAUAUGACACCGCAUAGUAGAUUUAAAUGUUCUGGGUUUUGUCUGUUGUGAUGUCCUUCUUUGUGUCUAAUUUAGUAAGUUGGUUUUCCCAAUGUUUAGUUGCAAGUAUUGGCUUUGAAAGGAUUUUUUCUGUUUUUGGAGAAAAAAAAAAAGAAAAAAUAGUUUUUUACUGGUUUAAAAUGCUUAUUAUAAUUAUCCCUUUUGAAGUUACUUCUGGGCGGUUUUGUGAUAUUGCUUUUCCCAGCCCAGGUGUCUUUUCUGUUUUUUUUCAUCUGUACAAGACAUUUUGUUAUGCACUACUUUUUGUAUCUAGACAGUUUUCAACAGUUGGCUGAUGAUUUUUUUUAAAGAAAAAGGCAUGCUUUCUGACUGACAUGAUCUUUUGCAAUACCUCAAUUUUGAAAUAUAGGAAAGAAAAUGAUAUUUUCUAAGUAAGUUUAUUCAGAAAAAUAUAUAUUAAUUUAAUUCUGCAAGAAAAAUGAUUUAACAGAUGGGUAACUUUAUUUUUUUCAUGCUUAUUUGAGUUUUUUUGAAAAUGAAGAAGUUAGAGCUUUAUAACUGUAAUAUUAAAGAUCAUAGCUAACCUACAGAAGUCUACCUAAUUAUGUGAAAGAAGUAAACCUUUUUGAAGAAAUACCCCUCUUUCAUGUAGAAAAAUACUCCCAGAGAGAAAGAGAGCGAGAGCGAGAGAAGCUGGAAGAUGUACAGUAUAGCAUAAUGUUGGAUUAAAUCUGAAACAAAAUCAUCAUAAAGAACAGGUGUAAACACAAACUCCAUUUGGUGCUGAAAGUUGUGAAUAGAAGGUGAAAAAAUAUUUUCCCUUAAUUUGUAUAUUUAUAAUCAAGUGUGAUUAUGCACGACUGACCAGAAUUGUGAGAGUUCUUCUGUUUGUAUUUUUUUAAAGAGAACUUUUUUUAGUUUAUUAAAUUAUGACAUGCUCCCUUUUGUUUUGUAAAUGAAUGUGCCCCUGAGUUGUUAAUAUGUUAUAUUAAAAGAGGGUCCUUCAAAAAAAGUUAUUUUUUAAAAUAUGGAGUUCUGAACUGCAACUUGACUAAGAAGCCCCUGGGUACAACAGGUCCUAUUGUGGCCUUUUCUGAUGUGAGACUUGAACUAGUCGAUUUUUUUGAAGGCUAACCUAACCUCGACUAUUUGUUGUUAUGUGCAAUACUGUUUGUACUGUUUGUAUAAAAAAAAAGAAAAAUGAAAAGAAAAAAGGCAUAAAUCUUUAUUGCAGAUUUAUUUUCAUUGCAGACUUUAGACAUUGUGAUUCACUAAAAUCAUUUUUCUACUGUCAAAUAUGUACCUUUUCUUCAUGCUGGUAUUUUUUCAAUAGUAAUGUAGCCUUUGUACUGAGACAAAUUUUCAUUGUUAUUUUUAGAAAGAUUUUUUGCUAAGAAAAAAAUUAAACAUAUUUACAUAUUUUUCAUUUUUAUUUCGUAUUUUCUUUAAGGAGUGCUUUCUCAACCAUUAAUAUAGUUGUUUCUGGGAGAGACUUUCAUAUCUGGUCAAUGUCAUUAAUAUUAUUUUGUAUUUUUACUUGGAAUAAAUUAAUUUUAUGAUGCUGAUUCUUUAAAAGUUUAUUUUUUUCAUUUUCAGUUAUUUUUGAAGCUAAAAUCUUUGUAAUAUUGUUACUAAAGUGUCUAGUUUUUUGAAAUGCAAAGCUUUAUGUAUUAACUUGCUGAUGUGGUUUACAAUAGUGUGGCAAUGAUGAAAAUGGUUGGUUAUGUAAAGUGAUUGGAAAAUUGUAACAGAAUUGGGCAAUAAAAUGACAGAAUGAAGCAGAAAAAACGUGAUAUUUUGAAAAGCCUUUUCCUUUAUCAAAAUGAUUUAGGGAGAUAAUAGGGAUGUCACAGUACCAGUUCGCUGUCUAGAUUUAUACACCACCAGUGUUGAUGAAAUACUAUUGCCGUUAUAAGGAACUAAAUCUAUUGAACAAUGGGUUUUUGACCCUGCCCAUUCAGCAUAAUUCUUCAUUACUUUUCUUGUCAUGAACUUAAUAAACUCUCUUUUCAAUAGCCUUAGAUUGAACCUCCGAAAAUAUAUAUUCUUCAUUGUAUUUUGCCACCGUGUUAUUUAUUUAACGAAAUUGCCCCUUUCCUGCACAAGUCCCUCUCUGCAUGCGUUUCUCAGUGGCAGUGUGGAGCAGAUUGUCGGUGCCCACAGCAUUUCCUAACCCAGCCACCCCACGAGGGUGGGAGCUGCCAAGUUAAUGCAAAACACUCUGUCCAUCCCCUGGUAGCAAUGCAGUAACUCAUAUUGCCGCCACGUCUGAACAGCCGUUCAGCUUCUUUGUCUUUCUCCGUUCUUCUCUGCCUCUCUUGUGUCUUUGUCCCUUUUUUCUUUUGUAUUGGCAAUACCAAGGGCCAGUAUCAAAACGCUUUUCACCUCCAUUUCUUUCCAUCACCUUUGUUUCCCUAUGCAGCCAGAAGAAACCCCUUCCUGAAGCCAGUGACUCUGUUCUGGCACCUGAAACAAUCCAGACUAAAACUGGUGUUGCGUAAACAGGGCAUACAAUGACUUUCUCUAGACAAAACUCUUGCUUCCACAAGUUGCUGAUGACCUUUUAGACUUAACUUCUGCUCGAGUGUUAGAGUGGCUCGUCUGUGACUUGUGGGAAGAAAUGUGCCCAGAGUUGGUCUAUUGUGUAUCCUCUGUGUGUUCAGUUCUGUAAGUAAUGUAUAGACUAGAUCAAAUAGUGAAGUAAAAUUUAGACUCAAAUUAGGUACUACUGGUUGGAAUGUACACAAAUUGCAAACAAAGGAGAUUAAGGAAUGAAGAGGGAAUAAAAAAUUCCUGCUAAGUGGUACAAAGUUUAUGCUUAUAUUUCUGCCGACAUGCUUGUAUUUUAUAGCCUGCUAGCAAGGCAUGGGCUAAAACAAAUUGUAUUGCAAAUAUGCAGUUAGCAAAUAACUUUGCUGAUUUCACUAUCUGUUAGAGUAGUAAAAAAAAAAAAAAAAAGGAACAAAAAAAAAAGGCGCUUAACUGGGAAAAGCUCCCAUGUUAAUAUUUCAGUAUUGUGACAUCUCUACUUGCAAGGUAUGAGUGAAAGAUUAGUCACAGAUUUGUAGAAAUGUCUCUUUUGUUUAAUCUGGCUUGUAUGUAGUUGCUUUUAUGCUGGUUUGUAUGAUGUCAGCUAAACCCUUUUUCUUUUUCUUCCUUCCUUUCUUUUUUUUUAAACAGACAAACUUCUUAAUCUCUGCUGCUAUAGUGUUCUAUCAUACCACGGAGUAUUUUAUAUUCAUGUUAGUGACUACUCUAUACCCCAAAUGGGUAGCUGGUCAGAAAUCACAUUGGUCACAUAAGUCUGACACACUCAAAUUUACAUGACAAAAAGUUCAUCAGUAAGUAGAAAACCAGGGUGCUAACGAGAUAAUUUUUGCUCUUUUUUCUUUUCUGGAUGUAGUUCUGUUGGGGUAUAAAGUAUUAGAUAUUUGUAAUUUUACUGUCAAACUAAUGGACAUAACUUUUAGAGCAUUCACAGCUAAGAUCUCUGUACUUGUUUUUCAACUAAUUUUAAAUGUACUGUAUCUUUUAUUACAUGUUCUCUUAGAUUGUUUUUGCUAGUAAUUCUAACAAGGCUUCUUCCUUUUUGGCUUGGACUAAUGCUUGUAUGGAACUGCAGUACUGUGACUAAACAUGGAGCUCAAUGCUGCUAUUGCUUACAACUGCUUAAACUUUGUAGUUUGAACUUUAUUUUUUUCUGUAAUAACUUAUUAAAUAUAGUUGUAUGAAGUAC